UUCGUGUUUGCUUACAACAUUUAUAUAUAUAUCGGUCUACUUUACAUUUGCCAAAACACAGAGCAAACAAAGACAAUCUUGAACAUGUCUUCCUCAGGAUUGGAUAACGCCACAGAGAACCCAACUCUUGAGCUUAAAAUCACAUCAGCUAGUGUCGAGAAUAUUGAUGCCACAGACAAGAUUGACGUGUACGCUGUCAUUUCGAUUAACGGCAGCGCUACUCAAAAGAAACGAUCGGCCAAAACACCCAUUGACUACGACGGGGGUUCCAAUCCGACGUGGAAUCACACCGUCAAGUUCUCCUUCAACGAGAGAGAAGCCAACGAAGGCUUACUGAAUAUCAAGGUGGAGUUGUAUAGCUAUUGGCUCGAAGAUGAGAAUGACGUUUCUUUAGGAGAAGUCAACGUUCCGGUUCAAGAGCUUCUUGCUACAAAUCCUCUUCCACCGUUUUCUAACGGUGACGUCAGCAAAAUGAAGCCGGUGACUUAUCCUAUCAAGUUCAUCGGAGAAACAAAACCAAAUGGAAAGCUAAGCCUGUCGUACCGUUUCAAACCUGCCCCGGUUCAUGAUCUGUAUCCUACACCGUUAGAACCGGUUUAUCUGCCACCUUUUGUUCAACCCGGUUACACAAACCCAGAUCCAGCAAGAUUGGGCCAGCCCGUUAUAUAUACCCCUCAGUGUCAGACUCAAACCACUGUGACAGAGCUAACCAUAGAGCUCGUGAUCAAAUCCGCCAACAACAUCAGAAACGUCAACGUGUUCGAUGACAUGGACGUAUAUGCUUCCGUUAUGAUCUGUGAGGGCAAGACAACAAAGCAUAAGACCAAAACCCCUAUCGCCUAUUCUGGCUUUAAAUUUCCAACUUGGAACCACGCCGUUAAGUUUUCCCUGGGCGAGGAAAAGUUAGCUCGGGAAGACCGUUUUAGCCUCGUUGUGGAGUUGAUGAGCCACCGACGUGUGAUGGGAGAUAAACAUAUUGGAAAAGUUAGUGUCCAGAUUCAAGAACUUAUUGGUUCUAAUCCGCCGUCGCCAUGUACUGACGUUGAUAUUAACAAUAUGAAGUUGGUUACGCACAAGGUGGGAGGUGUGUACGGGGAAGGAACCCUAAGCUUCACAUAUAGGUUUCUUGAGGAGCAAGUUGCAAUUCCGAUUGUGCCAGGCACAACACCCCAACCUUUUAUUAUGUAUGUACCAGUCCCACAUCAUCCCUAUGGGUCAGCAAACCCGGUUCAUGGAGCUUCGGGUUACAUGGCUAUUCACCCAGGGGUAAAUAUUGGGCCAAGUAACGGUCAAGUACCAAAUUAUAUGCCACCCUCAUAUCAGCCACAUGAAUACCAUCAAUAUUCACACUCGCAGCUGCAGCCGCAACCACAACCGCAAGUGCAGUUAUCACCACAAAAGUUUCAGAAUCAACCACAACCUCAGGUUCAGAUUCAGCAGCAGCCACAACCACAACAACCACUACCACAGCGACCGACACAAUCACCGGCGCAAGGGCAAGGAGUACAGCCACAAGUGAAGCCACAAGGAGGGAGUGUCGCAGCCCUAGGACUAGGGGCGGCCUUCGGCCGAGUAAUAGGAGGAGCUAUACUGAGUGAAAUAAUGUCUAACGAAGUAAAUCUAAACCUAUACGAAGUUUAAGCUUGAGCCUUGAGCAGGGGGCUGGUUCUUUUCGUAAGUUAUGAAUCAUACUACUGACCAGUCCAUUGCAAUGAAUAUUCAGUUAUUGCGAUUUCUAGUUUCGUUUUUUUCUUCCUUAUGUUUGGUAUUUGGUUUCUUUGCUUGUUUGCGUCCAUGAAAAGUUGAAUUAGAAAGGUUCCUUGAGAGACCGUGUGAGUUGCUGUCGUCAGGUAUGUGUUGGCUUGUUUCUUUUGUGUGAAAGUUUUGGCGCGUUUUGACCCAUUCACUUUUUUUUUUUUUUAAGCAUAGUAUUAAGUAUUUUUCAACAUCUGCUGUUGGCUAUUCAUAAAUAUAAAUAUUUAUAUAGCGUCGUGCAAUCCCAUAAAGUGGUGUGAAGUCCCACAAAGCGUUGUAGUUGUCAAAAAAGACAUUAACCAAUUAUCAUGAUGUACUUACUCUAGGGUCUAGGCAGAGCGCAAUAAAAGGCAGUGCUACUAACACGUGGUACACUGCACAAGAUUGAUCAGUUUUUUACAACCGAGAUUCCUCUUUCCGUCAAGACGAACCCAAACUCGCAAGUACGUACCCUCCUCCAAAUGUGGUUUCUUACGCCACACCCCUCCACCCAAGACCGUCACGCGACAACACACCAUAAAAAUUAAUGGUUCAACUAAUGUCUUUCAGCUUGAUUUUUAAAGUUAUACUCUCUCCGGUUUUUUAUAUAAGUCUUUUUAGAGUAUU